UGUGCUAAGUUGUACUGCUACAACCAUGGCAGAAGGCGGAUACGGAGGCCACGAGUAUGACUUUGUCAACGAGUCACUAGAUCCAAAGUACUACUGUCUGGUGUGUCGGAAUGUUCUCCGAGAACCAAUGCUCACCGACUGCUGCGGCCAACACUACUGCAAGUCCUGUCUCCAGCAGUGCAACAGGAGCAGUUACACCAGGCGAUGUCCCCACUGUCGCAGGGAAAACUACCAGUCCAUCCUUGAUCAGUCAAUGCAACGAGAUAUCAACCAACUCAAAAUCUACUGCGUCAAUCGCUCGAGUAAAAACUGUUGGUGGAGAGAUGAGCUCUCGAAACUGCCUCGGCAUCUCAACACCUGCCCACAACGGGAAAACAUGGAGUCCUUGGAAAAGUACCCCAGUGGAUGUGGAAAACUGAUAAAGAUGGGGGAGAUUGAAGCACACAGAGAAACGUACCCACUAGAAGAAGUUACAUGCAAUCUGCAAGGACCUAACGAAAACAAUGAAGUUGUUACCUGUGGACAGGGAGUGCUGCGUCUUGAACUGCCAAUUCAUGAAAAAAUCUGCCCAUUUCGCACAUUCGAGUGCAAGUUCUGCAAGAAAGCCAGCACCUAUGUUUCCAUCACUGGCCAAGCACACACCGAUGUGAAACAGCCCAAGAAACCACCAGAGAGAGGCCACUACGCAGAGUGUCCAGACUAUCCUCUGUCCUGCAAGAAUAAGUGUCGGUCUGGAGAGAUCAGGAGAGCUGACAUGGAACAGCACCUCGGGGAGUGUCCUCUGGAAACGAUCCAAUGCGAGCAUUGGGAAGAAGGCUGCAACGAGAUGGUGCGACGAAAAGACAUGGGUGGACACAUGAAGGCCUUCAAGAAGCAGCACCAAGAAUACGUGAGGUUUGCAUACUUGCAUAAAAAGAAAGACAUGAAGAUCUGAAAGUGGAGCUAAGGUCUACAAAAGAUG